AUGGCAGAAAACAAUGGAGAGCUACUGCCAGGUACCAGUUUUCCGUAUGAUUCCUCUAAUGUUUUAUUAGGUAAAGGUGGCAGUGGUGCCGUAUUUCUUGCAAAACACCACGAAACAAUGGAGCUGAUUGCCGUCAAAAGAUGUUACAGGCGCAACAUUCAUAUAGAAAAUCGAACCUCAAACGGAAAGCGCUUCACAAGGCCGCUAAUUAGUAGUGCUGAUGGAACUACUGAUGGAUACAGAACAGAAUCGGGCUCCUAUCUGUUAGGCCAACGUUUUUUGGAGCGAAACGCUAUCGAGAAUGAGGAGGACAUGCGUGAAGAAAGUAACAUGGAGGCAUUAACUCUUUCUCAGCAAGGGGAAUCGCCCUCACGCUGCGUUAACACGCAACGAAAUGAAUAUAGUAGACAGUAUCCCGAAGGGACCAAGACGGUGGCGGAAGUGAAUGAAGUGGCUAUUCUUGAAACUCUGAGCCCACAUCCUCACAUCGUCCGCUAUCUUGGCAGGCACACCUCAUCUCGUAAUGUAACGUUUUUCGCAAUGGAGCUUAUGAAUAGCGAUAUAGCGCGAGAGGUCAGUCAAGGGAGUCGCGCUUUUAUGCGGGAGGAUGUAUGCACCGUUCUCAUUUUCUCCAUUCUCCUGGCUCUCCAUCACCUUCACAGCAAUGGGAUAGUCCAUCGUGAUGUGAAGCCGGGAAACAUUCUACUCAAGCGUGUUUCCGUGAAAAAAAUGCCAGAGGCACUUCCCAUUCUUCUUAGCGGGGUCGCGCCGAACGGGGAGGCCAGGGUGCAGGAGUCGGGAGAUGACUUAGCCUGGGUGAGGGCUACUCUAGGUGACUUCAGCGCUGCCCAUUUCAGUGCACAAACCGAAAUCGACCCUGAUAUUUUGGUAACACGCGGCACACUCCACUACAAGGCGCCGGAACAGCUCAUGGGAAAGCCUAUUGCUUCAUUCUCACCGUGCGAUAUGUGGGCACUGGGUUGCACAAUAUAUGAGCUCUAUACCGGCAAGCUGGCCUUUCCAGGUAGCAGCGGGCUGCAGGUUCAGCUUCAAAUAUUUAAGCAAAUGGGCAGCAGCUUUUCAAAAUUCCCUGCCCAAGAUUCAAACCCCGCAUUGUUUGAUAAGAUCCAGGCCUCAUCGGAUUUUGUGAAUCUUCUCCAAAAACUUCUGGUUCUCGAUCCAGCUCGACGGCUCUCUGCCCACGAAGCGCUUCAACACCCACUUUUCGCUGGAAUAAACGCCCUACUAAAAUUAAAAAUGAUGUCUAACGCGACAAAGGGGGCCACCUUCAUAUCCUUUCCGCUGAAGCUCCUUUACUCCCAGCUUCCUGACCUUAACACCUUCAAGGUACGGUUUCGGCCUGUCGCGUGGACGCCACACAAACGGCAACGCGCCAAAGUAGGGUUUACGGCUCGAGAAUCCCUCCCGCAAAUACGAGCGCCCGUCGAUUUAACCCCUGUCGAGGAAUCUGGCAACAAGCACCAGUCGUGGGAGAUUACUUCAAAUAUUAGCGACGCGAACAGUUUGCAUUGGAGCCAGGUUCGACCCCACCCGAACCAUACCCCUGCGGUAUCGGUGGAGCCCAAGCGUGAGGAGCACCGCACAAGCGGAUCACCCGAAAUGCAUUUUCCGAUGACCCUGGAGAGUGGCUCCGAGGUCCAUGAGGGGAGUCAUCGGGUAUCGCGAUGCCUCUCAGUGCUUACCAAAUCCCUCCGGUCAUCCCCGCAGAAGGGGGUGAUGUGCGUCGAUGGAUCGCACACUGAGGCUCCUCAAGGCAUCUCCUUCGAGGUCACGCCCAUGCCGUCGUCUUUAGAUGCUACAACGAAGCAGAUCAGGCGAAGAGGGAUGAUGAUGACGUUCGGAACGUCGCUUAUCGCUGGAAACCAACGCACCACCCAAGAAUUUGAGUUCAUAACUCGGCAAAGCUACUCUUCCUUUUACCGAGUCAGUGGUGACGCUUCUACGUCCCGUUUGCCCAGGAUGUCGUUCAGUUCUAGCAUCCGCAACAAUGCCUCGCUGGAUAAACUGAGUAGCCCUCCUUUAGCGCGCCAAUGCACAAGACGGUGCACCAUCUCGCAAAGCCGGUCGCCGGAGCCCAAUGCUCGGAAGGCAUUGUGCUUUGAAUCGCCCCGCUUCGCGUCGGAGUCCACGGAGCAGACUCUUGAAAAUGUCGACGGAAGCGCUGUCCCCACCAUCCCCUUGGCCGAAGAGGCGGCCUCCGCCUUGUUCGGACACCGCCCACGGCUCUCCACCGCGCUGCUGAGUUCACCUGGGCGACUGACGUUGAGCUGUCCUGGUCUGGGUGAGCCGAUGAGCGGUGGGGUCCCCUCUCCCCUCGCGGACGCUCGUACGCCCUCCCGCCUAAGCGACUGCGCCAGCUCCUGCUUCACCGCGACCUGCUCCCCGAUCGCAUUCUGCAAGGAAAUGCCCCCUUCGACGCGGGGGCCGGCGGUGGACGUCUUCAUGCCCCCGCCGCUACCGCUCACCCUCCCGCAGGGUCUCGCGCGGGGCCACGGCGCGCCCCCCUUACGGAUUCCUUCCAGGCCGCAGCGGCACUGCACGCCAAGUGCAGACCCCCACGACGGGAACGCCCCGGCCUCCGUCAGUGAGCCGCGGGGACGUAGUCGAAGCACACCGUCGGUGGUCCUCACGGAGUCCCACCUCGCGGGCCUCGCAGAGGGUGUCACGAAACGCGUGCGACUGGAGCCAUGCAGUUAA